UUCAUUCAAGCAAGCUCACGAAAUAUAAUAUGGAAUAGCUGAAUAUCAAUUAAGUCCUAUGUUUUUCCAUUUCUAUUUUCGAGUGAAAUUGAGUCACCUGCUACAGCUUUUGCUGACUGGGUCAGCAUGGAGCUGCAGGAGACUUCAUGGAUGCGCCUUGAAAAACUUGUUUUCAAAGAGCGCGGCAGGACGGAGGCGAUAAUUGAGAACAAAAUGGAGGAGUUGCACUCCAGUAUAUUAUCAGAGGUGGAGUUGAAGUUGAGCUCCUUCAAGAGGAUGGUCAUUGAGCAGGAGCGACGGGCAGGGCCUGAGUUCAGUAGCCUGGGCCACAUUAGCUGGGCCAUGUCUCUUGAUGAUCAAGCCAAACUGAGGCGCUGGCAAAGAGAGGAGGAGGAAUUGAGAUGGAUGAGGAUGCAGCAGAUGAGGCCAGCGCAAAAGCAGGCGUGGAGCCCUCAGUCGAGGGUGGAAGUGAAGCCCAGUGACACUGAGGCCCGACUGAGAGAAGAGAUGGCUGCAAGAGAGCAGCAGGAGCUAAAAGCCAGAAUGAAGGCACUGGAAGACAACUUGAAAUUAAUGGAGGACUUCAGGAGGGAUAUGAAGGACCUUAUGGCAAAGACGAAGGAGAAGGAGAGAUGGGAGGUCGAGAGAGAGAAAGCUCUUGAGGAGGAACGGAAAAGAGUUGAGAGAGAAAAACAGGAAAAAGAAAAAGAAGAGUCUAGGAAAGAGAUGGAGAGGGAGGCAAAGAUUCAGGAAAAGAAACUAGAGGAGAUGAAACAGUGUGAGAUUGAACUCAAACAAAAAGAAGAGGAAGCCAGGAAAUCACUUCUGAAAGAAAUGGCUGAUUUAGAUCGAAGGGAAAUUGAAGCAGAGAGACUACUAAUGGAGGCGGAGAAAAAACGACUGGAAAGGGAGAAAAGGGUCUUGAAGCAGAGGGUAGACCAUCUUCAGAGGAAUGAGGGGAAAAUGGCCUGGGAGCAUGAGACAGAGAGGAAGAGACUGGAAAGGGAGAUGAGGGACCUCAAACAGAAAGUGGAGGACCUUCAGGCGACCAAUGAGGCCAGGGAGGAGUAUGAGGCUCGGAAAGAGAAACAGAACUUUGAGAGGGCCAAGAGAGGGCAGACGGAGAUGAAAAUGCAGAGAGAAAAAAACAAAGAAAGGAAGAAAACGAAGGAUGAGGUCACUCAACAUAACUGUGUGAAAGCUGAAGACUCUGAUGACAACUGCUCUGAGGAUUCAGGGACAGACGCCUCUGAUGACAGUUACUCUGAGGAUUCAUCUACAGAAGGCGGUAAAGAGCAAAGGCCAGAGGUCACUACCGUCAGUGCUACUGCCAUCAACACUGCUGUGGUUCGCAAGCCAAAGAAGACAACUUUACGGCAGAAGCCAGAAGAUGUGUCUCGUGUGCAACUUGUGAAGAAUACAGGCCAAAAACAAAGUGCUCAGGAGGAGGAUGAAGACAAUUCUGAUGAUAGCCAUGAGGAGCAGCCUAGUCCUAGACCUAGUGGCACCAAGACUGCUGUGGCCCACAAAGCUGAAAUGCUGACUUCACCACAGCAAAAGCCAGCGGAUGUGUCUCAUGUGCCACCUGUGAAAAGCACAGCUAAAAAGGCUAAAAAACGUGCACCUGCAAAGGAGAAAUCUGAUAAAGACUCUUCUGAUGGCAGCGAUGAGGAGCAGCCUAGUCCUUGUGGCACCAAGACUGCUGUGACCCAGAAAGUUGAAAUGGUGACUACACCUCUACAAAAGCCAGUGAAUGUGUCUCGUGUGCCAGUGGAGGGCAGUGCAGCAAAAAAAGAAUGUGCUACUUCUCAGGAGGAAGACGAGAGCUCUCCUUGGGACAGCGAUGAUGAGGCACAUCCCAUUCGUAAUGGUACCAAGACUACCAUGGCCCCCAAUCCUCAAACCACAUCUAAAUCAGAAGAUGAACCUCGAGUGCCACCUGUGAACACUGCAGGCAAAAAACAAAGUGUGAUUGCUCAGGAGGAAGACGAGAGCUCUCCUUGGGAUAGCGAUGAGGCACAGCCCAUUCGUAGUGGUACCAAGACUGCCACGCCCCCCAAUCCAAGCAAAAAACAAAGUGUGAUUGCUCAUCCCAGUGGCAGCAAGACUCCCAUCACUAGCCAGAGCAAGCCUGUGGGAGCCCCACACAUUCAGAAAGCACCUGUACCUGUGCAGCAGCACGCUAAUGUCAGCAGUGGUCCUAUGAAAGGAAACACAGGUGCCAUUGAGAAACCAGUCAAGGCUUUGACUGAUAAGGAGCUGUUUGAAUUAGAACUCCGGCAGUUUGAAAAAGAGCUCAGAGGUAACUCCAGCAACAAAAAAACUGUUGUGGCCUCAAACACUCAGAAAGCAGCCGUGCCUGCUAAAAACACAUUUGUUAGCAGUGUGCCCAUGAAACAAACUGCCAGUGUCAAGAAACCAGUCAAGGCUUUGACUGACGAUGACCUGUUUGAUUUAGAACUCGAGCGACUUGACAAAGAGCUGAACUCCAGCUCCAGCAACAAAAAACCAUCCAUGGCCACAUCCACCCAGAAGGCAUCAAUGGUUGGCAUGAAUGGUAACCACAGGGUAACCUCCUCCACUACAAACAAUAAGAGUUGGGGAGAUACUCAGAAGGCCAGCACAUCCAUGAAACAAGGCAGUGUGCACAGCAUGCUGGUUGAGAAAAAUACAUAUGGCAAGGCACCAGCAAGUGACAUCUUCGAUCCCUGGUCUGAUGAAGAGGACCAUUCCCUGGCAAAGACUCAAACACAGAGAAAGACCACUGCACUCUCACAUAUGGACAAGGUGGACACAUUUGCCAUGGAAAGGGAGUUGGAGAGACUAAUGAAUGAUCAGUCUACCACAGCCCCAAAGAAGUGGGGACAUCAAGAUGUUAAAAAGCCUCAGGCACUGCUAAAGAAUACUGUACCCACAAAUCUAGAUGAAGUGGACACCUUUGCCAUCGAAAGAGAGUUAGAGAGACUGAACAAUGAAGGGUCUAAGCAAAAUGAAAAAGAGGCUUUUGAGAGGAGAGCCAACGAACUCCUCGAAAGACGAAGGAGUACAUCAGGUAGUAGCCUAACAGGUGUGCAUGCAAGCAGCAGCUUCACAAGUGCAGGUAGCAGCCUAACCGGUAUGAAUGCUAGCAGCAGCUUCACAGGUGCACGGGCAGGCAGUAGCCUGACCAGUGUCAGGACGGGCAGUAGCCUUGGUGGAACCCCAGGACAAUCAAAUACCAACCUAGGCCUUAAGCAGCCUGCCUAUACGAAAUACCUUAAUCGAGACAGGUGA